CUCAUUAUUAUUAUUACACAUUAAUACUGUUUGAAGAAGUGACUUUAGUAAAAAUGGAAUUCGUGAUCUACCUAUUUGUUUUGCUGCUCGGAGCGGUGGGGGUGCUGACUGCUCAGGAGCCCUGUGAUUCCCAGCAGUACACUGCCAGCGGGCAGUGCUGUGAGGUGUGCCAGCCUGGGGAGGGCAUGGUGAAGAAGUGCGGGGAGCAGCAGACCGUGUGUGCCCCCUGCAUAGACAGUGAGUCCUUCUCAGAGAACUACAGUCCCACAGAGACCUGCAGGCCUUGCACUCAGUGUAAAGGCCUCCUGCGCAUGAAAGCACCAUGCACUGAAAGCGCCGAUGCAAUCUGUGUGUGUGACUACGGCUACUACAUGGACAAAGCGACUGGGGUCUGCCAGGCCUGUACACUGUGCCCACUUGGACACGGGGUCUGGAGGGAGUGCACCGAGGAGAUGGACACUGUGUGUGAGCUCUGCCCAGAGGGGACCUACUCCGACCAGGAGAGCAGCAUGGACCCCUGCCUGCCCUGCACCAUCUGUGAGGACGAGGAGUACGAGAUGGAGAGCUGCACGCUGACCUCCGAUUCCCUCUGCAAAGAACUGAACCCCAGGUUUUUCACCUCCACCCCCACGAUGGACAUGACAGACAGCACCUUGGGAGGAGGGAUCCCCAAAAUCACUCCCCCCACGGACACUGUGACCACCACAAACCCCAGCUCAACGCGCAUGGGCGGUGUUGGAAUGGACCAGAACCUCAUCCCCAUCUACUGCUCCAUCCUAGCAGCCGUGGUGCUGGGACUCGUGGCCUUCAUCGUGUUUAAGAAGUGGAACAGCUGCAAGCAGAACAAACAGGGAGCCAAUAACAGGACAGUGAACCAGACCCCAUCUCCGGAGGGAGAGAAACUGCAUAGCGACAGCGGAAUCUCUGUCGACAGCCAGAGUCUGCAGGAACAGCAACAACAGCAGCAGCAGCAGAGCCUGUCCCAGCCACCAGUGGUGAAGGUAGACGGCAACCUCUUUACCAUCCUUCCCCCUCACAAGCAAGAAGAAGUGGAGAACCUGCUCGCAGAGAAGAGCGCUGAAGAGGAUAUGGACUGGUGCAGCCUGGCCGGGCUACUGGGCUACCAGGAAGAGCACAUAGACACCUUCCGUCAAGAAGAGCACCCAGUGAAGGCCCUGCUCUCUGACUGGGGCUCCAAGGACUGUGCCACCCUGGAUGCCCUGUGCACCGCCCUACGCAAGAUAAAGAGAGACGACAUCGCUGAGAGCCUGAGUCCUGAGCCCACAGCGACCUCUGCGGUCUGAGGCUGGGACUGCGCUCCCCAGGACACACGGAGGAAGGAAGACAAGAAAGGGAGGGAGUGCUGUCUGAAGAAUUUCAGUUCAGACUUUUUUUUCCCCCCCCCCGUAGUGAGGGAUCUAAAAAAAAAAAAAAGAAGUGACGCGUUAAACGAAGAACUCAUGAAGAAUUUACGGAGGGAAUGUAGCCGGCCAACCCCCACUAACUCUUUAAGACUUUACUCAUGUGCACUGAGGCAUCUAUUUUCAGUAUUGUCCCACCUCCCCUUCCUCUUCCCCUACCAACAUUUUAGCCCCUCCUCCCUACGCGCACUCGUUAUGAUUACAUUAUGUAUGGAUUGGCUGUGCAAUGCAAACACAGUCAAAAGAAGAGGCACAUACCAAACACUUACACUGUGACGGUAUCCAACAUCGAGACAUACCAUCGAUUGACUGUGUGUGACCACUGGGGACAUUGUAAUCCCCCUAUUAUGUGCAAGAUUCCUGCAAAAUUAUGAAAAUCUGUGUAAACUGCAUAGCUAUUCUCUCUUCCUCAAUCCGGCUCCACACUUCUAAGCCGAGGUUUGGUUUAGGACUAGGUGGUGCUGGGUUUGAUUCUCAGCUUUGCUACUGGUUGAUUCACAGUGACCUCUGACUUGGCUACCUUAUUGCAUCUAGUGACAAAUUAAGAUCAUGGCUAGAUAUAUGACCAUGGCUAAGUAUACAUUGUAUAUCCUGUAAAAUAAAAGUAUGCCAUUGUAUGUAAAGUAAUCAUUUAGGAGUGGUCCUCAAGAGAAAAUGUCAGCGAAUGGCUGUUGAUGAGUGUGGUAUAAACCCUUGCUUAUCGCUGGGAUUUGUCCCCUAUUAGAAAUAUUCUUUGCAGAGCUCUAUAAACUGGUGUGAUCAGUUUUGUCCCAGUAUGGCAACUUUGUGCCAAACAGUCUGCGACUGCUUCUUUAGAUGGCUUUGUAAUGAAACUAUAAGCAGGUUGUAUGAAUAAGCAAUGUGUUCUAGUAUACAGUAGACAAGUUUCCCUACACAAGCAGGGUAGCAUUUACAAACUUGGCAAUUCUCGACAGUAUGGAUCCCAUUCAUGAAUGCAUUUCUUAUGGGAUGCUUGAAAACUCAAUGAACAUAAUUGAGGCUUUAAAAAAAAAAAUCUUCCAAGCCCCUAUUGCCAUGCUGUUGACUUUCCCUGACUCUGAUAAAGCACAAUUUCCUGCCCAACACUGAAAGCUGAUUUAAAAGCUUCCUCUGUGUUGCAGGUAAUAGGACCCCACCUCUUGACCCCAAGUCCUAUUCAGUGUAGCACAGGCAGUGAAGUGGUUGUGCCAUUGCUGGAUACAUGGGAGUGAAAUACAGUGAAAUUAAAGUAAAACAAAACGAUACACAGCAAAAUAAUCCCAUGCUUGAGAUACGAAAGGUAUUGUUAAAUAUAUAUUUUUAGUUUUUAUAAGGCAGUGGGUAGCGCGGCUAAUGUAUGUAAGUUAGACUCACCCAUGACAAUCUGCAAUAUAAGACGCACGCUGCCAAAUUGGCAGGCGCUUCAGUGAAAUAAUUUGCUAAUUUAGACAAUACUUGUAUUAAAGGGACACUGCUGUAUAUAGAUUUGAGAGGAAUAAGCUGUUAGUUUGAGUGAAAAGUGGGGAUUGCAGCCAACUCCUCCCCCUUCAGAAAAAAAAAAAAAAAAAAAACAUAUACUAUAAAUAAAAAAAUACUUGAAAUGGCUAAUUUACUUGAAUGUAUACUUUGACAUUAAAAAUAUUAAUUGAAGAAAUGAACAUCACUAAGAAGUACUUAUCAUUGUUGAAAUGUUCUGAGGUGUAAACAAUAGAAACGCUAAGUGAUUUGUUUUACUUGUAUCCAAAAACUACUAAUAUUUACUCUCUGUUAUUCAUUCUUUUAAGCUGCUUUAAGCGUUCGUUUUCUUUCCUUUGAGCAGAUAGGGCCUGUGUUUGCAACAAUGUGUGGUACAGAGCAGACAGUACCAGUAAAUUAUAAGUGGAAGGAUGUUCUACAUCAGGGAUGGAAAUUAAGACUCCUGCUGAACAGCAGUUUGAUCCAAUCUUGUUUUUACCAUGAGUUUAAUAAG